GAAUUAGAAAAGUUUCAAGAUGUUUGGUCAAUGCUCGAUGAUAUCGACAAACAUACUUGGAUUUUGGAACCUUACAAACCUAAACGGAGUGAUUUGAUGCGCAGAAUCGCUUUGGGCAAUCAUUGCUCUUUACAAAUAGAAUUGGACGUAUCUUGUCCCAAAGGGGAAUGUCAAUAUCGGUUAUUUG